AUGUCGAGGGCAUCCGCCAAGAGGUCAACGAGAUCCAUGCAGACAUCAACAACAUCCACCAAGAAGUCAGCAGCAUCCAUGAAGAUUCAAGUAAAUGACAACCACGUCAACGUGAUGCACUUGAAAGCAACCACGAACCAGAUCAAUAAAGACAUCAAAGACCUAAAGGCGGGCGCCAACAUGAGGAUCUCUGCCAGAAAUAUCAAUAAGCAACGACGCUUCAGGAACCUAUGGGCCAUUCGGAAUCACAAAGACCACAUGUAA